GUGUGUUUCCAGCACACAGCAGCAGCUCCUCCGGGCUCUGCUCGGCUGCUCCCAGAAAUAGUGGCGAGCAUUCAGGAAGCCUCAGAGGCGGAACAUGGCUGAAGGAGUUUCACCAGUAACUCGACAAGUGACUAAAGGAAACAUGGAAACAUGGAGCCAGCGUGUCGACGUCCGCCUGGAAGAAGUGGAGGACUGUUUAGUUUACGACCGACACGGAGUCUCUGCUCCUUUCAAGAAGUUACACCAGGACCGGAGGGCGGUCAUUAUAUUCCUGCGGAAUUUCCUGUGUUACAGCUGCAAAGAAUAUGUGGAUGAUUUGAGCAAAAUACCCAGAGAAGCACUGGAGGAUGCUGACAUCAGGCUGAUUUUGAUUGGUCAGUCUGCUCAUCAUCAUAUAGAGCCAUUCUGCUCGUUGACAGGCUAUCCUUAUGAAAUAUAUGUGGACCCACAGAGGUGCAUUUAUCAAAAGCUUGGGAUGAAGAGAGGAGAGACAUUUACAAACUCUGCAACUCCUAGUCCCCAUGUGAAGUCUGGAGUUUUUCUGGGCCAAAUGAAGAGCAUAUGGAGAGCCAUGACCAGCCCUGCAUUCGACUUCCAGGGUGACCUACAUCAGCAAGGUGGAGCCAUCAUUGCAGGACCAGGCUCUCAAGUCCAUUUUUCCCAUUUUGACAUGAACCGCCUGGACCACAUGCCCAUCACCUGGCUGCUGCAGCUGGCCGGAGUUCAACAGACUCUGGACUUCAGCGAUAAACCAAAGAUCAUGGAUGUGUAGCCAGUUGGCUGCCCGACUGAGUGCUGUGCCACCACAUCACUGCUAUUAUUACACAGGGGGACACAUGCUGCUUGUUCAGUUACAUCAUCACUACACACUGACAUAUAUAACUAGAAGAACCUAGGCAGCAUAUUUCUCAGUAACAGGUAUAUGUGUCCCAGUAUUUCCGAGUACAGUGUUUAUCAUUCCUGUGCGAGGUCAUGAGGUCACAAUCUUGAAUAGGUCUAAAUAUUUAAUUUAUUUCUUUAACCAGGAAAUUGAGAUACAUUAUCUUUUUCCAUUUACAAAAGAGACUUGGAAAAGUGGAAAUUGAACAAAAUUACAUAAAAACACACACCACACAAACACACUAUUUCACAGUUAUCACAAACUAACAAAACAGAAGAAGACCUGAAAGACUGGGCAAUAAAACAAUAUUAAUAAUAUAACAAUAUCAUUUUAUCAAAAGCAUAAUAACAAAAACACUAAUUUACAUCUAUUAUAAUUUUUAUGCACUAUGCAAGCACAGCUCAAAUAGACACAUUUAAAACCACAAAUAUCACUCAGGAGUAAAAUUCUGUCUUUUAACUUUUUCAACUAAAAAGGAUUUCAAGUUUAUAAAAUGGGUGCACAUGCACGACUGUUGUCGAAUAACAAUACAUGCAGUGUAAUGUCUUAUGUUUUGUAAUUCUGUUGGCACACUGGUGACCUAGAUAUUAGGUCUUGUCGCAUUCUUCCAUUUUAUACGUUAUGUCUUAAUUUGCUCAGUAUUUAUUACACUGUAAAUAAAGUUGAACUGUCACACUCAGGCUAC